AUGAUACACCUCCGGGUGACCGCGAUCGACGGGGCUUGCCAGCCCCCGACGAAGUCGGCGGCGGCGGCGGCGGCGGUGGCGGCGGCGGCGGCGGUGGCGGCGGCGCCCACGCUGAGGAAGAGGAAGAGGAACCCUGAGCACCUGAUGCGGGGGGCUGUCGAGUACGAGGGGGAAGACGGGAUCAAGGUCUGGCGUAUCAACGUGCGCUGGCCGAGCCUGGACGGCCACGCCAUUCCCGAUCAGUGCACUACCGCGCACUACCUGUACCAGGUGGCAGACAGAGGCGGCCUGGAUGACGUCCUUAUCGUCGACGCUUCUGGGGUCGCCCCCCCGCCCGGGGUGGAUAGGGGCUAG